AUGUCGACAACUACUAUGGCAAAAAAGAACAAGGGGAAGAAAACAGCGGAUCCCAACGAAACAUCGAAAUUACUGGCCGCCAAAAUCUCACAGCUGGAGCAAGAUGCCGCCGGCGAGAAAGACCAAGAGGCGGAAAUUGAGCGCGAGGUCAAGAAAGCAACCCGGGAUCUCAAUCAACUGCUAAACAACAUUGAGUCGCCCAUGACCCGUCUCGAGACUGUCCAUAAAAAGUACACCGAACUUUUGGCAGAUAUGAAGAAGUUGGACCGCGAUUACUCCAAGAGCAAGAAGCGGGCCGAUCAGCUGCAGAAGGACCAGGACAAGGGAAAGUCCGAUCUCAGCAAGACUGUUACAAUGAAAGAUAAGCUUGAAAAGCUGUGCCGAGAGCUUACGAAGGAAAACAAGAAGGUCAAGGACGAGAAUAAGAAGUUGGAAGAUACCGAAAAGAAAGCGCGCUUGAUUGUCAACGAGCGUCUCGAUUCUCUUCUCUAUGACAUCCAAGACGUCAUGGCCGCCAAGGGCAACCCCCGCAGUGAGAAGAUGGAUGUUGAUCUGGAUGAAGCGCUCCGUGUCAAGCUAAAGACCAUCAGUGAGCAGUUCGAUACGCGCGAUAUGCAUUACCGGGGCCUUCUCCGGGGCAAGGACUCCGAGAUACAAAGUCUUGCCUCCAAGUUCGAGGAUCAGCGCCGUGCUGGUGAAGUCGAGGCCAAUCGCAGCCGAGCUUUGACCUCUCAAGUUUCCACCUUCUCCCACACCGAGGCCGAGUUGCGCAGCCAACUCAACAUUUACGUGGAGAAGUUCAAACAGGUCGAGGAUACCCUGAACAACAGCAACGACCUUUUCCUUACGUUCCGGAAAGAAAUGGAAGAAAUGUCCAAGAAGACCAAGCGUCUGGAGAAGGAAAACCAUACACUGAACCGGAAGCACGAGCAAACCAACCGCAAUAUCCUGGAAAUGGCAGAGGAAAGGACCCGCAAUCAUGAAGAGCUGGAAAGAUGGCGACGGAAGUGCCACCACCUUGAGGCCCUGUGCCGACGCAUGCAAGAUCAGGGCCGAGGCGAAGGUCUUGCCCUAGCCGAAGGCGUCGAUCACCUAGAGGGGGACGACGAAGGCACCGAAAGUGAAUACGAUGAUGACUACGAGGACGACGAUGAGGAUAUUAGUGAUGAAGAAGACCUCGAGCUACCCCCUGCCCGAGUCGACCAACCCUCAGAGAAGCCCGUCUUUGGCCCAACUCCGCCCCCAAAUCUACUGGAGGCACGAGCAAAUGGCAACGCUGCGGUGGUUAAUGGCUGUCACUAA